AUGGCUUUCCAGUCAAACUCCAGCAUUGCUAUGGCUCUUGCUGGCAAGACCGCUUCGGUUGACAUACCUCAGCGCCGCUCUGGCCUGAGUAGCGGCCGUGUGCCUGCGAUGCUACCCACGCCACCUAACUCUAUCUCCCCAACCCUCCCUCCUCAGACCUUCAAGCACCGAGCGACGCCGUCGUCAGGAUCACCGCUGUCGACAGUCCCCAAGUUGGACUCUGAUAUCGAUCUCGAGGAUGCGGAACACGACAACGGCCACGUGUCCCUGCCUGCCGAUGACCUCGACAGUACCGGGGCGAUCACCCCUGCCAUGCUCUCCAAACAUCAUCUCCCUGAGAUCUUGCUCGAGCAGGGGCCCUUGGCCAUCCGUCACGUUAUGGGUCACCUGACAGCUUCCGUCCCUGGCUUUUCGCACCUUCCUCCAGCCAAGGCGCGCAGACUGGUUGUUGCGGCACUGGAAGGACGAGGAAACGGAGGAGAGGCUGGUGGUAGUCAGGGUGACGUGGUGUUCGAGAAGAUUGGUUGGGGCCGCUGGGACGCGCGACGUCGUGGUGAACCUGCUCACGAUCGUGAUCUGAACGCUUCGUCGCCUCCCUCAAGUGUUGCGGGUUCCUUCCAGCACCGUGGCCUACAGAUUCAGGGUCAGUCGGGCUGGCAGGAUGGCAACCAUCAUCCAUACCGCAUGAGCUUUGCCGAAUCCACGGCAUUCUCAUACACCGACGAUUACGGUAUGCACGGCGACCUUGACAUGCUGGAACAUGAGGCCGAUAAAAUGUCUCUCGAUGGUGACGAUGGCGAGUAUUGCUCUUCCUCGGAGGCUCCCGACGAGAUGCAAGAAAACGAGUGGGUGGAAGGCGAUGACACCGAUGAGGAGGAUUGGGCACAAAUUGGCGCCGACGCUUUGCGUGCCCGUUCAAUGAACAACAAUGGCAGUUUCAUCAACAGCCAUGUUGCUGCACGCGCAAAGCCUCAGCCGUCUGGGAUUUUCCCGGCAACCUGUCCAUCUGCGGCUAAGUUGCCACCCCGUCGUACCUUUGACAUCCAGGAACGCGCCGCUGUGGAAGCGCUCCUCCGCAUGGGCUCCAUGUAA